AUGGCAGUGGCCAUGGGGUUUGUACAACUGUUCCGUGGUUUGGGUCAAGUAUCCGGAGUAGCGAUAUCUUCUGCUAUGUUCCAGUCAUUACUGAAUAAGGAGCUCCACGCAAGACUCACAGAUCCUGGUUCAGAAGAGCUCAUCGAGAAGGUCAAGCAUUCCUCUGAGAUUGUGCGACAGCUACCGCCUAACCUUCAGGAACCUGUCCGAGGAUCGUAUGCUUUUGCAUUACGAGCCGUUUUUAUCAUGGCGGCUUGUUGUACUUUUGCAGCAUUCCUUAUUCCCGAGCUCUCUAUGGAUGAAGAUGACGAAGAAAGGUCUGACAUCGAAUCUGGAAAUGACAGCACCACCCCAACUCCACGUUUCUCGGCAUCCCCUACUAGAAGUCUGGACGAGGAAGAGCCCGAAAGACGAGAUACGGUUCCUAUAUCCAUACCAUCUAGACCUGGGGCACAAAGGCGGCUAUCCACAUAUCAGCAUACGCCACUGGAUGUCGAAAGAGGAAGAUCUGCUAGAAAUCUUCGCAAUUCUCGUGGUUUAAAUUCCCUUUAG